AUGUUUACUAAAAUUCCCUCAAACUCAAAUUCUAAUUCAAACGCAAAUAAAAAGAAUGUAACUAAAAAUACAAAGGAAAGUGAUGUGAACAAACAAAACACGAAGGAGAAAACGAAUAGCAGCCAAUUGGCUGAAAAAUCGAUCGACGAUGUCGCGUACGAGAAUGCACAUACUCCGCGAAACACUCUAAUGAGAAGCCCAUUAAACAAAGACCACAACAGACCGAUAACGCCAAAAACAAGUUCAGAUUCUGAAUCGCGUCAAAUGAGCUCAAUACAGUCGGUUAAAAGGAAGAGAGAAAGUAAAAAGAACGAGCAAGCACAUAAAACAGCCACCAGCGACGAAAAACCGCUCAGCUCGAACGAAAAGAGGAAAGUAAGAAAGAAGAAAACCAAAGAAAGCGAUACUUCCGAAGACGAAGUUCUGUCGGAAUCAGACGAAGAACGCGACUUGCAAUUACAACCAGACAACACGCUAGCAGAAAUUCUUUUAGAAUGUGCCGAGAAGAUUGACAUAGUCGCAACAACCUCGGGCAACCUAAAAGGAACACACUGGAAGAUCCUGAACCAAGUUGAAGAUACUAUAAAAUCUAUAGCGACGGAGAACUCCAGUAGAAUAGUGGAGAAAUCGGCAGAACUGACGGUCCUAAAAAAAGAGAACUACGAGCUUAAAAAAACAAUCAAGAGACUCGAAAAAAGAAUAGAACUACUUGAAACGAAGAAAAAAGAAGAAAUGACCAGCGAUGUAAAUGAAGUCUUNACACACUGGAAGAUCCUGAACCAAGUUGAAGAUACUAUAAAAUCUAUAGCGACGGAGAACUCCAGUAGAAUAGUGGAGAAAUCGGCAGAACUGACGGUCCUAAAAAAAGAGAACUACGAGCUUAAAAAAACAAUCAAGAGACUCGAAAAAAGAAUAGAACUACUUGAAACGAAGAAAAAAGAAGAAAUGACCAGCGAUGUAAAUGAAGCUACAAUAAGUAAAGAAAAAUGGUGUUAUAAAUGUGGAAAAGAGGACCACACAAUCAAGGAGUGCAUAGCCGAAAGUUUCACCUGUAGACUCUGCUCAGAGGCAGGAAUAGCAAAUGGGCAUAGAAUAGGAAACAAAGAAUGUGGGACAUUAAAAAAAUUUAAUGACGAACAAGUAAGAAAAAAAACGCGUCGAAGAACGAACAAUGAUGCGGAGAAACCCAUAAUCGAGGGGAAAAAGAACGACCAGAACGUGGAAGUUCAGAAUGAUCCUACGAACGAAACACACAGUGACCAAGUCUCCGAUAAACCAUGGAUCUUAGAGUGA